CGCGGGUGAACACUUGCGACAUAAUUCUUGUCUUGCAGAGCGCUGGUGCAGAGCGCUGGUGUGGCCAGUUCGAGUGCGACCCUCGCCUGAGCAACAACAACUGAUGGACGCGCCUGCCUUACUUCUCGCGCUGCUGGUGGCGGCAGCCUCAGCAACGGAUCAGACAUCGUCUGCUGGAAUGCCUCGCGCCAGCGAAUCCUCGGAAACGUUUGUCCUGCAAACGAACCUACAAAGCAACUUAUUCUCAACCUGCGCUGCGGAGGCGAACUCUGUGUCAGGAAGCCUUUACUCCAUCGACAUGGGCACCUCAGAGUUCGUACAGGUACAGCUGACAAGCUCGAGCACUCAAAACAUCACGUGGGUUGUCAAGAGCGGCGUCAAGUCUACCAUCGAUUGCGCCCAGGCUACUUUGGAUGCAGGCAAACUCAUGUUCAAGUACAGCGGCGGCACCUGCAGUGUCGCAGAGAAUGGGGUCUACGAUCCAAGCCAACCCUCGUGUACUGGCGAGACGGUCUACGUUCUAAUCCCUAAACCGACGGCAUGCUUCACCUCCCUGGGCGCGUUCUUGGACGGUGAGAGGAUAACAACCGACGGCAAUUGCACCUCAAGCUGUGCUGCAGGCAGCGUAGUGGGCGGAGGUGAGAAAAUGAAAUUUGCAAUUUGA